AUGCGUUUGAACCCGUUUGUGAUAUUACCUCUACUUUGUUUAAUUAUGACGAUGAUGUAUGGUAGUGAAAAGUUCGUCUUAAUUUAUCCGCUUCAGACCAUUCUGAUGCUAUCGAGCCAUCAAUUGGCCGAACGAAUCUCGACUUUGGCACUCGAGCACUAUAGCAAGCUCCAAGCUAGUGGUAAACCAGUCGUGCGUUCAAACGGCGUGCAAGAAUGGACUGUUCUGGCUUGUAUUGUCGCAAUUGGUGAAAAGAACGACAACAUUAGGUUAGUAUCGCUUGCUACAGGUGUGAAAGCUACCCCAGAUAGAGAGCUCAGUAGAAGCCGCGGUAGGAUUUUACACGAUUGUCAUGCAGAAAUAUUAGCAGUUCGCGGGUUCAAUGCUGUUCUUCUGCGACAAGCCCUGAUGCUAAAACUUUCUGACGACAUUACUGAAAUGGAUAUGGUGCAGAAAACUACUAAUGGCUUCUGUGUCAAGGACGAUUUAUCAUUUGCACUGUAUGUUUCGCGGGCCCCCUGUGGUGACGCAAGUAUGGAGUUACUAGAAGAAGAUGAUACAGCAGUCUGGACCGGUAGCGAGUUAUGUCAGUACGCGGAUCCUGAUAUAAAGACAGUUCUGAGAGGCCGGGCUAAUUACAAGAAGAAGGGUUUCGUCAGGACAAAGCCAGGCAGAAAGGAUUCAAAUAUAACAUUUUCCAAGUCGUGCACAGACAAACUAUCUUGUCGCCAGGUCAUGUCUCUCUUCAAUUCUUUAAAUUGGGAUCUGUUCGAAAAACCUGUAUUUUUGAAGUACAUGGUCGUACCCCAAGUCUCGCAGGCGUUAGAUAAUGGUCUUCUGCGUGCUUUCACUACGAGAAUGGAGAAUAUAGAAGGUGUCAGGCAUUUGAGAAUCAUAUCGUGUCCUGAUAAGUUUCCUGACGACAAGCUAGAUGAAGCGCAACAACCGGCUCUUACGGGAGCUAUACUACUCAACGUAGCACCCGGAACUCCUCUCGUGCAACAAUGUAUUGUAAACGGAGUCAAGAACGGGUCCUUCGUGAAGAAUCCAAAACCGUUAAGAAAGAACUGCGAGACCAUAGUAAGUCGUGCCAGCCAGUGGAGUCUUUUCAAAAAAAUACGUCUUUCAGAAGAAGACUCCACUUACCUCGACUUUAAAAGCCGCCAAGUUGGCAGGAAUGCGCUCAAAUUGAAAACUCGUCUGAGUUUGUCCAAGGACGGAUGGGUACCUACAAAAUGCGACGAUUGUGUAUGA